GCCCUGGGGACUUGGCCGGAGCUCCCACCCCUCCACGCCCCCCGCCGCCCGCGCCGGCCACCCCCCUCGCUCGCUUUCUCCCUCCCUCCUUCCCUUCUUUGCUCCCUCCCUCCGAGCCCAGUUGCUCAAGCCGCUUCCUUCCCCAACGCCAGCGCCAGUUCCUCUCCCGGUGGGGCCCGGGAAGGGCAGCGAACGCUAGACUCUAGAACGGCCACGGCAGUAGCUGCAGGACCAUGACCGAGCCCCGAAGGGCAGCGAAGCCGACGCCAACCGCGCAGAGCUUGCGGGGCUCUCUGCAGCCCCGCCCCUCAAGAGUGGACACCGGUAGUCUGGGCAGGUAUCGGGGCCACGCCGCCGCCGCCUCCCGGGAGCCCCCCUUCCAUGGUACGCUGAUGCUCUCCGGAGCGGGCUCAGGGCGCCGGCGGGUAGUGCUGCGGGAGCUGCUGGGACUGCAGGGGGCGGCUCCCGCCGGGUGUCUGUCGGAACAGCCCGCGGGCGGGCCAGGCGGCAGCGGGCUGUGCCUGGAGCCCCGAGAGCACGCGUGGAUGCUGGCUGCCGCGGAGGGCCGCUUUGAGGCGCUGCGGGAGCUACUGGAGGCCGAGCCUGGGCUGCUGCUGCGGGGCGACCCGAUCACGGGCUACACGGUGUUGCACUGGCUGGCCAAGCACGGGCGCCACGAGGAGCUCAUACUGGUGCACGACUUCGCCCAGCGCCGCGGGCUGCAGCUCGACGUGAGCGCCCCGGGCAGCGGCGGCCUCACGCCCCUCCACCUGGCGGCCCUGCAGGGCCACGACAUGGUCAUCAAGGUGCUGGUGGGUGCCUUGGGCGCCGACCCCACGCGCCGCGAUUACAGAGGCCACAGGGCGUGCCACUACUUGCGGCCCGAGGCGCCCCAGAGGCUGCGGGAACUGUUGGGGACCGAGGACUGGGAGGUGGCGGGCGGCAGCGAGCGCAACAACGUCAACAACAACAGCAGCGGCUCUGCCGCGUGGACGCUGCGACGCAUCCAGAGCGCAGCGGGCGCGACAACCGUGCAGCCCAUGGCGAGAACAAGAGCGCCACCGGCCAAGGAGAAGGACGCUGUGGGCAGCCGGGUGGCGCAAAUUCAGAGCCUUUUCCGCCAAAUGUUUCCCUUCUUCCAGGACCGUUGAGAGCGGCGGAGACGGGAGAGCGCGGGGAUCCGUGACGCUGCGGCAAGGCCCGGGCCACUUGCUUCGGCUCCCACCCGGCAGACGGCGUUUUGGACGCAGCUCUGGACGCAGCCAAGCGCGUGGGACCUGCAAUGAGCGGACCACAUAGGGGCCCAUCUCGGGUACCUGUCCCAUGUCUCCUGAAGUCAGGGCAGGAGGACCCCGGCACAGGGCACCGCCUGAGAUCGAGCCAAGAACCAUGCCGGCCUGGCGCUGGGUCCCAAAGCUUCCGGGACAAAGGAGUUAGGAGCAGGCCGCAUGGUCCGGCCGUGGGAGAGGGAAAGUUAAGUUUCAGUAGCCAUUUCUGGGCAGACGGAAGCUUUGGGUUUAUUAGGAAACAUUUGCUAGAAGAAUCAGUUAAGACUGUAAACCACUGAUGCAGAAAAAAAUCCUAACUCACUAGGCCUGGUCGGCCAUUAACGGGUCAAGUUGUGCCAGUAAAGUUAGCCCCUGGCGACCUGCUCCUGAGACGGUACCUUUUCUAAUGUAUCACAGAUGACUUCUUAAGUAUAUUAAAGUGGAAUAUUUUUUCCUUUCACAUGGCAAA